AUGGCGGCCCCUGGCACCGAGUGGUUGGAUCGGCCUGAAUUCAUAUUUCGCCCGUGGACGCCCCCAGAGGAUCCCGCAAAGCCGAGACUGCCAUACAUACCCGGCUUCACGGUCCAAAUAUAUCGCCAUACGGCCCCUCCCCCGUUCGGCAACGCCUACGGCCCCGGAACCAGGACAUGCCUUCCCACAGACCACUUUCACGACAUGCCCCAGAGUGAGCUAGUCAUUACGAACCCUCCGCUUGAGACGGAGCCGCCUUCGUACACCGGAUCCGAUACGGCACGUAUGACUAUCACUACGCCAAUCAGAAUUGGUAGUGCACACGGUGCACAAGUAGUUGCCUGCACGGUUGUACAGGACGGGUCCAAGCUCUUCCAGGCGGUUGCAAAGAUUUACGAUGCCCUCUACUAUCGAUUCGCCCAAUCAAUCGGCAAUGUACCCCGCGAUGUUGUGAUGGCAGCCGACGAGGAUUAUAGCCGAGAAGCUGCUGCCUAUGAAUUCCUCCGAAAUGCAGAGCAGACGGGCCAUCCAAAAUUCGUUCCAGAUUAUUUCGGAUCCUGGACUUUUGACCUUCCGAUUACUUACAAAGGAGAAUCCCGCCUGCGACCAAUUCGCAUGAUUCUCAUAGAACGCCUCGACGGGACUACACUUCUCGAUGCGCUCAUUCGGAAUGACUCCAGCAGAGUCAAGGAUGCGUUUCAUUACCCAGAAGAAUGGAGGCUAGAAGUCCUUGCACGUGCGAUGGACGGCUUUGUCAAACAGCAACACAUUGGUGUUGAUCAGGCAGAUUUUGCCGACAGGAACGUAAUGAUUGUCACAAACGCAGAGUGUGAUGAUGAGAAAGUCGCAGGCAUCCCGCUGCCACGUGUGGUCCUCAUUGACUACAACAUCUCGUACGUUUACAGUAUUCUAGGUGACACUGGGCAUAUAGUGCUGUCAGCUCCAUGCAACCCCAUUUGGCAUUUUUGGAACAUGGAAUUGCGGGGCUUCGUUGGAUGGAUACCCCAUGAAUGGUUCGAGAGACCCAAGCUUAAGCAAGAAUGGCUACUACGGAGGUUUGGAACUGACGAAGCGCGGGCGCUCUACGCACCAAUUCCGGUCAAACUGGAGUUCGACGAAGACGAGUGA